AUGGAUGUAGAUAAGAUGGAGAGCCCUCAAGGCCUCAGCCUGCUCAUUAAUUUGCAGCAGAGCGCGUCGUCGGAUGCUGCGCCUCCGCUCAUCGCUGCCUCCACUGCGCAGGCGCAACUCUUCCAGGACGCAGAGAGCAAAGAGGGGGACAGAAAAAUGGCCCUCGAUAAUUUAAUUUUCGCUCAAUGCAUCCUUUAUUUUUUAGCAUUUGUUUUUGGUUUCAUCGCCGUGGUGCCUCUGUCUGAAAACACGGAGGAUUUCGGGGGGAAAUGUCUGCUGUUCACGCGGGGAAUGUGGCAAAAUGAGAACAUCACCGUGUCGAAGCAGCGGUUCGUCGUGGAGGAGUGGGGACCCGAGUCCUCCUGCAGCUUCAUCACUUUUGUCGGGAUAGCGUCCCUCAUCCUGUCCGCAGUGCAGGCGUGGAGGUUGCUCUUCUUCCUGUGCAAAGGACACGACGACUCCAUCUUCAACGCCUUCCUCAACCUGCUGAUCAGCUCCCUGGUGGUGUUCACAGUCUUCCUGUCCAGCACCAUCGUCAGUGUGGGGUUCAACAUGUGGUGCGACUCCAUCACAGAGGGAGGGAGCAUGCCCAGCAGCUGUGAAGAUCUACAGGACACUGAUCUAGAGCUAGGACUGAAUAACUCUGCUUUCUAUGAUCAGUUUGCUAUAGCUCAGUUUGGCCUGUGGGCAGCGUGGCUCACCUGGCUUGGGAUCGCAGUCAUGGCAUUCCUGAAGGUUUACCACAACUACAGACAGGAGGACCUGCUGGACAGCCUGAUCCAUGAGAAGGACCUGCUACUGGGCCGCUCCUCGCGCCGCAACUCUGACCUCAAGACUGGUCUGAUCUAGAAAUAAGAGGACAACCAAACACACACUCAGUCACUCACACUCAACUGCCCAGCCCUCUGCCUGUUUGUGAGAAACACCAGUGUUUGCCUGUGUAGACAAUCAGAAUUGGCUUUUGCUCCCAUUGACCACGGAUUGAUCAGAGGGUUUAGCUUUGUUCUUUAAAGGUAAUGAUUUCCCCUCAAAACAUCUCCCUAUGGUGGUUAAUCCUUGAAGAAUCCUGCUGUAUUGGGUUUAUCCCUUCCUCUUCAAGGCACACAACUAUAGUUCAGAUUGGAAAGUAUUAAACCCGUUUAAUGGAUCUUGGGAGUAUUAGUGGCUCGGAGAGAUUGGACAAUGGAUCAUGUUGUCUUUGUGAAACUUCUGCAUGGACCUAAUGCAUGGCAAAUUAAUAAGGUGGUGGUUCUUUAGAUGUAAAGGGUUUUCCCCUUUUGAUUUAUACACCAAUAAAUGUGUUCCUUAAGUAGGCCUCUCUCUUGUAGGAUGCACUCUGCAUCUUGAUGAAGUCCAAAUUCCUUGCAUGCUGCAGCAAAGCAAAAAGACGUGUGCUUUUGCAGUGUCUUCACAUUUAUCAACAGUUACAAAAGGUGUUUUAUUAUAAAGGCAAACUGUAGUCGAGAGCAUUUAUGUAUGAGACGGCCAGUCCAAAAAUGCUUUUAGCGAUCCGUGUGAGCUAGAAAACAAAUCCUACUUGUGCCAUAUAGCUACUCAGGCUUCUCCUGCACACUUUAUAGGCUACAAACCAAUAUACUGUGUUACUGUGAAUAGACGCACAAAUGUACCUGCAUGCAUCUUCUCUCUCCCUGUUACACACACACAUCACACACUCAUUUAAUGUCUGAGAUAACAGGAAGAAAGCAAGGCGUGUGCUUGACUUUGAUAGGCAAUGACAGUUUUAUUCAAAAGAACUGAAAUCAUAAAACAGUAAGAACUAAGAAAACCCUCCAUAAAGGCACUUCUUUCAAAGUGACCAUAAAUGUUUGGACAGCCGUGAGAUGCAGCUUCUAAGCUAAAUGUGCAUAUACACUGGGUAUUGUUUUAUUGCUAAUGAUAAUUUAGUUUGACAGUACAGAAUUGACAGUGUUUCUUUCUUCUAUACAGGCGUUGUUUGCCUCAUAUUGCUUUGACAUUCAAUUGUGAAAACCUUUUGCGUUCCCUGAAACCUGUUAUAUAAAGAACAAUGUUUAACUGGAAA